AACUGUCAAAAAAUUAAGAAUUUCAGCGAGUGCUCGGAUUGUGAUUGUAUUAUUUAAUAAUUUCUUAUUUUUUAUACAAAGAAGAAACGGGGAUUACUUGGAAAUAAUGGAGCAAAAUACGUGUUUAUUUUCUAUAUCUGCGUGUAUGUUACUCACCUUCUUUUAUGUAGCAAGUUUAUAUGUUUGGAGGUCUACACUUAGCAGGGACCAUCCAACUACCAUCAAAAGAAGAUUUUUUAGCGUUUUCUGUGUGAUGCUGCUGGCACCAUUCCUGACACAGUAUUUUCUAACAGAAGAAACUAUAAAUAGAGGGAACAUGUACGAGCAGUUAGGACUUCGAAGUUCAGGGCUGAUCACUGCUAUGGUGGCUCCCUUGUUCCUUACAGCUGUUUUGUUUUUGGGGCCUUUGACCAUGCAUGUUCUGUCUGGAUCAUGGAAAUUGUAUGCAGAGCCAUUGUACUGGGUUUCCAGCUGGCAAGACCUGGCAUGGGUCCGGAACCACUUCAUGGCCCCCCUAAGUGAGGAGUGGGUAUUCCGAGCCUGUAUGAUGCCGCUGCUCAUGCAGUGCUUGGACCCUUUAACAGCAGUGUUCACAGGGCCUUUACUUUUUGGCAUAGCUCAUUUCCAUCAUAUGUUGGAAAGAAUGAGGAGUGGAUAUGAUUUUAAAACUGCGUUAAUGAUCUCUACAUUCCAAUUCACAUAUACUAGUCUGUUUGGUGCUUAUUCUGCGUAUCUAUUUGCUAGGACAGGUCACUUUGUAGCCCCACUCGUAGCCCAUAUAUUCUGCAACCACAUGGGCUUUCCUAACUUUGCCGAGGUGGGGCAGUUUCCUAUGCUUCAAAGAGUGGUAAUUGUGUGCUGUUUCCUCUUAGGAUUUAUUUUAUGGUGCCUGCUUCUUACACGAUUGACAAGCCCGGAAAUCUUUGAUAACCGAUUAUAUUGGGAAACUUGAGAUGUAUGUACUUGAAUUCUAUUUUGUUUUCUUUUUGAUCAAUGACAAAGUAUUAUUUUUAAGUUUUAAUCAAAAUCAUUACAACCAAAUUGAUCUCUUAGCAAAAAAAAUACUUAUACAUAAUCAUUGAAAAUCAAAAUGUACGUACCAACCAAGUGCAAUAAUCACAUUAAUAUAAUAAAAAAAACAUUUAUUAUGUAUAAUCUUUUGAAAAUCUAAUCUAGCUCAUGAGUAGUAUUACUACCUAAUAUUUAUUCUUUGAGAGUCUUAUGUUUGAUGAAUGCUAGAUGUAGGUUAAAACUGAUCUUUUCCUCAAAUAGGACUUAGUUUCUAGGUGUGGUAAAUAGUCAUAAGUUUAAAGCACUUUAAGGUACUUGUCACAAUGAAGUACUUUGAUUGCUCAGCAACUUAGUGGAAGGCUCACUUUGACGAGAGCUUGCAAUGAUUUAAAUUUUUCUUUUUGCGUGACAAUAAGUUUCUAAUUGAGCAGUCAGGUUAAUCAACUGACUCUAAUUUAUUAAACACCUACCUAUAAUCCAUGAGCAUAAUAGCAUUACUUUAAAAUGCUUGCAAUUAAAUUGUAAAUGUAAAUAUUCAAUUAUAUCAGAGGUUUAUCACUAACUAAUAAGCGCAUGUUUUAUUAGAUAGUGUGCGUGAUCUGCCUAAGUCAUAACAUAAAUUAUGAAAGAUGAGAUGAUGUCUGGUGAGAAGACUAAAAGUUCUGUCUUCCUAGACAAAGUGACAUUCGUAACAGUUUUCAUUUCGAAUAGAAGCGAUUACGGAUAUAAAACUAUCACGUCAGCCAGACAAAUUCCACAAGAAGUACCUAGCAAUUCUAAAAUAAUAAAAUAUAUUUUUGUGAUG